UUAACCUCUUUGCUUCUGUCAUCAUGUUUGUAUGAAUCAAAAUACCUAUGGAGCAUGUAUAUGAUGAUUAAAGCAUAAGAUUCAUUCGUAAGGGGCUAUUUAUGUUCUCAUCAUUUAAAUGUGUGUAGAAUGAUGAAUUGGUAUAAGUACAGCAGAUUUGAUAGUAAAUCUGACACCAUAUCGUGGUAUUUUGACCAGCUGAAAAGGACUGUGGAAUCUGAAACAAAAUGGGUGGCGAAGACUGCUGGGAAAGAGCCUUCUUCUUUUCAUAGUUUUCGGGGAGGUCUAGGCGGCGUAUCUCUGGCAGAAGGACGUUUUGUGCAGGGUGGAACAAUCACCUUUUUCAAUUGCGGCUCAGAGGGGUACUUCGCUAGCGGAUGUGCCGCAGAUCUGCAAGGAACCACCUUCAUGGGCAUCGGGCGUGGCCGAGGAGUUACCAUACCGGUGGCAGCAACAGCCUCUCCACGGACGCAGCUGUUCGUUCCAGCCAAUGGCGGACAGUGAUUAUGAUAAGUACUGGUUAUUAUCAAAAAAAAAAUUGUUUGAAAUAGACUGAACUGCAGAUUUUUUUCUGAAUAUUUUGAAAACUCGGUUGAUAUUUCACAACAUUCUGGAAAGAUACUUUAAAGGCUGAUUAUGAAAUUUUGUCUUUAUAGAAAAUGUAUACGUCUUAUCUUUCAUUAUCAAACCACUAAGUUUUAUUAUAAAAAACAAUCAAUCAACAUUACGAAAUAAUGAGUUUUGUAUCUUUAGCAAUUCAUGAUUUGAUUCAGAAAAAGUGUGCUUAUAAAGUACCUUUCAUUCCACAUAAUGUCAAUGCGUGUGAUAUAUUUUCAAGGUGAGACUAAAGGCGUUUUAUUGAAAGGUGUAUUGAUACAUAGAACACAAAAUUCGUUGAUCGAUAAGUUAAGUAUAAUUGUUGAUUAUGAUGAUUAUGUGACUUUUUUAAUUAUUUCAAUACAUUGUAUAAGCCGCAUUAUAAAGAUAUAUUUGCUUAAGAUGCACUCUUACUCCAGAUUACCAAAAUUGAUAUAAUUGUUUUGAUAUAUCAAAAACGAUGUUUGAAUGUCGAAAACAAUGUUUCUUUUGAAGGAUACCGAGUUUAAUUUGAAAAGAAAUGAGGAUAACACAUGGUAUUUCUACUCUAUGAGAUGAUAGUAGACCACAGUAAAUCUUUAAGCAUUCACCAAUCAUUUAAUAUUUUUGCGUUUAAAGCUUAAGUUUAGAUAACUUUGGAUAUAGGCCUUUUUGCGAUAUUAAGCUUGGAUAUCCAAGGAUGAAGGCCCAUUAGUGAUAUCUUGCUUCGUCUAGAGACCAUUUUGUGAUAUGUUGCCAAUAUAACUAAAGCUAGAGGCCCAUUCAAGAAAUUUAGCUUCGAUAGCUAGGAGUAGAUACCCUUUGUGAUAGUAAGCUUUGAUAACCAAGGAUAGAGAUAUUUAGGUUUGAUAGUUAGGUAUAGAGACCUUUUAGUGAUAUUUCGGUUUGAUAGUUAGGUACAGAGAUCUUCAAGUAAGUGAUCUAGGUUAGAUAGUUAUGUAAUGAGACACGUUUGUCAUAUUAUGUAGGUUGAGAAGUGUCUUGAGGACUUUAAUUUGGAACGGACACUGUUGAAGGUAAUAUUUACUUUUUAUUGUAUUUGUUACAUAUAUUUAUUUAUCUGUUACAUGAAUAAUAAGAAUAGAUAUAGCCAUAAUUGAUUGGAUAUUACCCUCUUUGUUUGUCUCGAAAUGUUGACCAAAUACAUUGCCAAUUCCUAAACUGUUUGUGUUGUUGUAUUUUGAGAUUAGUGAAUAAUUAGUUUACUCACGUAUUGAGUGAAUAAAUACAAUUAUUCACGUUUUGAAAAAUAUAAACUUUAUUGAUUUCAGGAGAUUGGUUCAAGUACGGGUAGUACUUCAGUACUUAGGUGGAUUAGUUUGGCGGGACACUAGUAACAUGAUUUCCUCGUGUUUUUGUGGGUAUAUUGGGAAAACGAUUUUGUUUUUGUCACUCGAGGUUUUGUAUUUGGUGAAAUAAGAAGUUAUUUUGAAAUGUCUGAAAGCGAAGAUAUAAAUUCGAUAAUAUUUCCCGCCCAUCCCAUCCCUAUUUUUAGGUUGAUUUUCCUGUUACAUGUGCUCUAUUAACAUGCAUAUUUAUUUUCAUUUACAGAAUUCCACUGUUUGAUUGCCUAACGUAAGUCAGUAACGUAUUUGUUACUUUUAUGAUUUAAGAUUUACCGUAUGUUUAGUUUCGUUCCAAUUGUUUCAUGAUGUUUUCGAAGAUACCAGUCAUUAUUGAUGUUGCUGACUCUUAAGGACGGACGUGGCCACGAUUUACCAAGGUUACGAUCCAGAUGUGCUCAGACGCUAUAACCAAUCUUCCAGCAUCCGAAUACUGCCUUUUCCUGUGUACAUGUUCACCAAAUA